AUGUUCACUUUCCUUUCAUUACUGCUACUGUGUGCUUCUGCAGAUGCCUCUGAUAGCGAAAGGGGAAACAGCGUUCGACUUCAAGGUGCAAAGGGCAUUCAGUAUAAACUUGAUUUACUCGAGCAAUGGAGUGAAUAUAAAAAGACUUACGGCAAGAGUUACAAAGAAAGCGAAGAAAGUAUCUACUUGAAAACUUUUGUGGAAAAUCUUAAGCGCAUCGAAGAGCAUAACCGAGAAUAUAGUCUAGGGAGAAAGUCGUUCGAGUUGGGACUAAACCACCUUGCUGAUCUCCCCACCUCACAAUAUCAGAAGCUGAAUGGAUAG